AUGGAAGCACUCGCGCGAUGGCGACAGGUGGUCGAGGCGCAGCAGCGCUCUUUGCGCAUGGAAGAGGUGCACGACUACCUAGCGGCGUCACAGCUAUUCCUCGCAGCCGCUGUGGAGGAGCAGCAGCUCGGCGGGGGCGGAGGCGGCGAAGGCGCACGAGUGCCAGAUGCGCCAUGCUGUGAGUCGCCUCUGAUGCUCGCCACUCACGGCGUGACGCACGUGCUGCGUGCCUGUGGCCUUCUUCUCUCUGACACUCUGCUGGACAAGGAGGUGCCGUACCCUGCCAGUGUUGUGAAGGAGAUGGCGACGGCAGUGGUGUCGGUGGUCACGGCUGACGCCGUCGCUGACGAACUCGGUAACACUCGCAGGAGUGACAGGGCCGUUUAUUCUCCGCUGCCGAAUCAGCUGGCGCUGCCGCCGCUGCUCGCGCGAGCUGGCCCGCAUGCCACCCGCGUGUGGAUGCUGCUUGUGCAGCUGGCAUCCUUCCUGGAGCGAAACGCUGUACAGCUUCCUUGGGAUACGAAGGACAUGCCAACUGGCGCCGCCGCUUCGACUUCGCUGGCAGACGACCGCGUGCGCGGCACAACGCAACUUCUCUGGGAGCUUUCUGCUGCAGUGCUGCUGCACCGACCAUUCGAUGCGCUGCAGGCGCUACAAGACGUUUUUGAACACGCCUCUUCGUCCACCACAGCGGCUGCGAAGGUGCCGUCGCUGCGAGACCUCUUCAGCGACUACAUGCUGCCGCGGCGUGCACACCCGUCCUCGCCGCUCACCUCGGCUGCACGCGCGUCUCCGUCUUCGUCGGCGUGCUCCUCAUCUCCUGCAACAGUGUCAGCGGCAAACGCCUGGAUAACGCAGGUGCAGGCGCAACCAGGCACACUGCCGCUGUGCCUGCUUUCCUUGCGCCGGGCCAUCGCGGCCGCAGUGCGUGCACGCCACUACGCCGAGGCGCUGCUGGAUGUCGAGGUGGGUCUGCACCUCCUGCGGGAGCAGGCGGAGAGGCUGGACCCGGUUCGCAGCGAUGGGCACAAGGCAGAGCCAGCGGAGGAAUCCAGCGAACAGAUCCGCGCCGCGGAUGUGGCCGCCGCGAACGCGGGUGGGACGGACUACCGGCAGCUUGUGCACUGGCCCAAGGCCGCAACAGCAGCACAAACCCGGCGAUUGGGCUCGGCAAGCGUGUCUACCACGAAGACGGUGGCUUCCGCUGUCAUGUACCUCUCCGAUGGCGUUGUGCUGACGAUGCUGCGCGUGCUGCUGCUCUUUAUCACGUCCCCAAUGGCAUCUGGAGAGGCGGUGGCGCGGCUGCAGCAACGGCAGUGCGGCAAGGGCUCGUUGUGGAAACGAGAGCCAAAGAAGGGCCACGCGAGCGUAUCGGCUUCCGGCACCAGCAGUCCGUCAACCCAGCCGGAGCGCAGCAACGACGAUCCACUGGACUGCGCUGGCGACGUUGUCCGCUGCGUAGCCAUCUCCCUCAUCUCUGCGCUGGACACGCUGGACACCCUGACGACGCAGCUGCAGCUACUAGAGCGUCAUGUCAUGGUGCCGCAAUGCUCCGCAGCACAGUCACCCGCUGCAUCUUCCAAGACCAGCAACGUGGGCAGCAGAGUCGCAUCAGCGACGCCGGCCCGACAGCCCCACCCGGAGGCGCACCACCGCUUCAACCCGUCCGCAAGUGAGGAAGUGCACCUUCUUCCCUCGCUUCCAAGCCCAGAGCACCGGCUAGAGCACGUUGCCGCGACUGCGUUGAAAGCGGCGAAGACGGGCGUGACUCUGUGUGACGCGCACACGCCAGCAACGAAUGGCACCGAGAGAGGUGCGCCGAAGGAGAGAGCACCUACCACAGCACUUGGCGAGGGGGCGCUCGCGGAGCACCUCUCCUCUUACGCCACCGAGGCCGGCACGUCGCACCAGCGCUCCUCGCGCACUGUCUGCACGCUGACAUCGUCGGCGCGGUAUCAGCAACUCAAGCAUGCGUACCGUUCGCGGUUGCCUUUCCACAUCGGGAACACUGAGUGCUCCGCGACGCCUACUGGUCCUGGCGCGGACGCAUCCUCCACCGUCGCGCGCGAUGCCGACGAGUUGCGCGACGACGCCGCGCAUGUAGCGGACGUGCAUCCGGAGGUGACCGCGGAGGAGCACCGCGGCCACGAGGCGGAAGAGGGAAGCCGCUUCGGCACGCAGUCUGUCGCGUUGGUGGAGCUGGCGGAAGUUGUGCGCGAGCUGUGGAUGAUGGUGGGGGCGCUCACGCUGCCGCUUCGUGCGGCAUCGACGUGCACGACUCCGCCGACUGCGGCCCCCGUCGCUGCGGCACCAACGCCCCCGGCAGCAGGGGAGUCGUGGUUCGGGGAGAGCGCAACGACGGCCACGGCUGCCUCCGCUCCGGUGCGCGAAUCGUGGUGGGCGUGCGAGAGCGGCAUCAGCUACGGUGAAGCGCGUCUCGCCCUUCCUACAGUGGAGCCACGAAUGGAGAGGUGUCUGCAGGUGCUCGGCGGACGUGACCGGACUGUGCUGGUGCUGCUUCGUCGACUGCAAUCCGAGCUGCUCUUUCCAGCGGUGUGCCGCCCACUUGCUUAG